AGUCAGUGAUGCCAUUCAAAAGGUGCUCUGCCUGUGCCAUCUUAAGAACCCUAUUGGUGGGGUGAUUUGCAGUACACAAAGUGUCAACACAAAAAAUCUAAUUACAAAGUCUGAAAUCCCCUAACAACUUCACCUUGGUAGGAGUUGGUUUAUUUUGUUGGCCUAUCUGUUCCUUCAAACCAUAAACUUUCCAACCAACCCUUCCAAAAAACAAAGAGCAAAAUCAAAAAGAAAAACCUGAGAAAGAAAAGGAAACAAACACCAACAUCUCAUAUAAACCUGUGUGUUAUAGGGUCUUCAUUGGUGAGAAUUGAGAAGCCACUCAAUUCAUCAAUUCCAAUGGAAGUUUCGUGCAAAAUUUUGAGGAGAUCAAUCCACAGUUUUCUUCAAAACUACCAUUAUUUCACCUCAACUGCAGCUUUUCUUGCCCUUCCUUUCUCAGCAUCAAUACUCCUAUCACAAGCUUUAGUUCCAAACUCUUCAUCCCUCUUGCCUCACAUACACAGUCACCUAAGGACUCUCUUUGAUGCUGCAGGCUUUCCUUCCUCAUCACAAUUGUUUAGCAUUCUCAACCUCAAGGUCUCUCAAACCAUCACUUCCUCGAUCUUCACCCUUCCCUUCACUCUCACAUUUCUCCUCAUUGCAAAAGCAUCCAUAAUUCAAGCUCUAAAUCACCACAAACCAACUUUGCCACCUUCCUUCACUUCCAUCAUAUUCCAUUACAAGCCUCUCCUCCUCACCUAUAUCCACAAUUCUUUCUUCAUCCUCGCAGCAAAUGCAUCUUGCUUUUGCCUCCUCUUUUUGGCCUUCACCUUUGCUGAAGGGCUAGGGUACUCUUCAGCAAGUUCCACACUUUUGAUGUCAGCUGCAGCUGCAGUUCUCUUUUCUGUGAUACUUGCCAAUGCACUUGUGAUUUGCAACAUGGCACUGACUCUAUCUGGCAUGGAGGGACAUGGAGGGUACAUGGCAAUUCUGAAGGCUUGUGUUAUGCUAAGGGGAAAGACAUCAAUGGCUUUGUUCCUAGCACUGCCUGUGAAUUUAGGCCUUGCUGCCAUUGAGGCCUUGUUCCAGUUCAGGGUUGUAAGAGCCUAUCAUAUUGGUGGAAUAUCAUCAUGGCCUUUUAUGGCUUUGGAGGGCAUUUUCAUUGCUUACUUGUACUCAAUUUUCAUCAUCAUUGACACAAUUGUGAGCUGCAUGUUUUACAAAAGCUGCAAGGUUGGAUUGUGGAGUGGUCAGGAAGAUAAGCAUUUCUUGAGAAUUGAAUUCCCAGAGGAGGACAAUUGUGGUUACUUGGUAUUCAAGAAUUUUGAAGAACUACCUUAAGUAACAUAAGGUAGCAGCAUAUUGUUAUCAAUUUGGUUAAAGCUUUUCUUCUCUUGCAUCACAAAAGGGACAUUUGAAAAAUUCAUUCGUGUUACUUGACUGAAUCGAGCAACUUCCGAAGGCAUAAAGGUUUUCGGUAGAGGAACCACGGCUCAGCAAAUGUGCAGAAACAAGAAGCUAGAGAUCGAUUCACCAUUUUAUUUUAAUGUCCUUCUUUUAUAUUGUUAAAAUCUGCCUUCUUUUUAUUCCAUAUCUCAAUCUUGUAUAUUUAUUGUUAAUCUUUUACUUGUGAAUAAUACAAAGGUUCCUGUUUAUUUCA